AUGUCAACUUGUCAACUCAGAAUGGCUCAAGCUUUCCACGUUGCCUCUUCCGUUCCCUGUAAGGGUCCCAUAAAACCGAGUAAUUGUUGCUCCGACCUGGCUGUGCGCCUCGAAGCCAACACUCUGAUCGAGUCGGCCCCGGACGAGGCAGCAUGCGCAGUGAGGUCGGAGCGCAAGAAGGUGAUUGUGGUGGGAGCGGGAAUCUCGGGUCUCCGAGCCGCCGCCGUGCUGCACAGGUAUGGUUGUGAAGUCGUUGUCUUGGAGGCCCGCGAUCGCAUCGGAGGAAGGAUUUUGACCAGCAGGAAUGGGGAUCAGGUUCGGGAUAUUGGUGCCGCAUGGAUGCACGAAACCUCCCAGAACGGUCUGGUGAAGCUGAUCCCGCAACUCUCGAUUCCCUAUUACUACGACGACGGUAUGCCACUCUACUUCACCAGAGAAGGUCGUGCCGGAUCUCAGUUCAAGGCGAAGAAAGUCGCCGAUGAGUUCGCCGACUACUGCGAGUGGUACUACGAGACCAACCCGGACGCCGAGGACCGUCCGGUCAACGAAUUUGUCAAAGAAUUUGUCCUCCAACAUCAGCUCAUCACCGAUGAUGAGCGGCUCUGGGCGCCGCAGGCCGUCCGCGAAGUAGAAUUGUGGGUCGGUACGAGCACCGAACAGGCCUCGUCCAGACAUCUGUCCUACUUCGUCACUGAGCGCAAUCUCUAUAUGAAGGGAGGGUACGACCGGAUCGUGAACUGGACCGCGGAGCCCCUCCGCAAAGAUCCGAGCAUGAUCCGUCUCAACCACCAGGUCGAGCACGUGGAGUGGAGCGACGAUGGUGACGCCCCUGUACGCAUCCGAUGCAAGGAUAGCCAAGGAAACUCUCAACUCAUUGAAGGUGAUGCGGUGGUGAUGACCCUCCCCCUGGGCGUGUACCACCACAACCUCGUCUCCUUCAACCCGCCCCUGCCGAGUGACAUCCAGGGAGCGAUGUCCAGGUUCAGCUACGGCGCCCUGGGCAAAGUAUUCUUCGAGUUCAGCGACACCUUCUGGUCGAAAGACAACGACCAGUUUAUAUUCUACCCGUCUCCUUCGGACGAGGACUCCCUGUCCGGAUCCUCCGUCCAGUCCAGCACCAGCGUGAGCUCCAUGGGUGAAAAAGACAACAUCCUAAACUACGCGACCGUGACGAUCAACCUUUGGAUCAUGACGGGAGCCAAGGAGCUAUGCGUGCAAAUCGCCGAGCCCUUAACCCAGCGCAUUGAAGCGAUGAGCGACGUGAAGGAGAUCUACCAGUUCUUUGAACCACUGUUCAAACUAUUCCGCACCGAGCCCUACAAGGCUCUGCCGCCUCUGGUCAGUGUUGAAACUACACACUGGACCCAGGACCCCCUCGCGGGCUACGGCUCAUACUCGGCUGAUAAGGUCGGAGACGACCCAGGUCUGUUGAUUGAUGCGCUGGAAGCCCACAAGAGUAGCCGUAUGCAGUUUGCCGGGGAGCACUGCACUCUGGUUGCUAAUGGCUGUGUCCAUGGCGCAUUCCGGACGGGUGAAACCGCCGCCGUCAACCUGCUUGACACAUUUGGCAUUCCCCUUGAUGGGCGUGAUAUCGGUGUGAAUGACAAGUUGAUUAUCUAG